AUGGCUAAGCCAGGCGGAGAACCUUUGGAGGAAUAUGAUGAAUAUGAAUCUCUCCCACCAAAUUUUUCGUUAAUCCAGAAUAUGGCUGCGGGCGCCUUUGCCGGAAUCGCGGAACAUACUGUUAUGUACCCGAUCGAUGCAAUCAAGACCCGAAUGCAAAUUCUCAACCCUACCCCAUCCGCAGUCUACAAUGGUGUCAUACAAGGAGGAUAUCGGAUAGCUACCGGAGAAGGAAUUUUCAGUCUAUGGAGGGGCAUGUCAAGUGUGGUUGUGGGAGCUGGACCUGCACACGCUGUCUAUUUUGCUACUUAUGAAGCUGUGAAGCACGUCAUGGGAGGAAACCAAGCGGGUGUUCACCAUCCUCUUGCUGCUGCUACUAGUGGGGCUUGCGCAACCAUUGCAAGUGAUGCCCUCAUGAAUCCUUUCGAUGUUAUCAAACAGCGCAUGCAAAUGCACAACUCGAAAGUUAUGUACAAAUCAAUGCCGGAUUGUGCUAGAUACGUUUAUCGAAGUGAAGGUCUUAGCGCAUUCUACGUUUCUUAUCCUACCACCCUAUCCAUGACAGUUCCUUUCACUGCUCUCCAAUUCCUCGCAUACGAAUCCAUGUCGACUUUCAUGAACCCUACCAAAAAAUACGAUCCAUGGACCCAUUGUUCAGCGGGUGCGGUUGCAGGAGGUUUUGCGGCUGCUCUCACAACGCCUAUGGAUGUGGUUAAGACUUUAUUACAAACCAGAGGAACAGCGACUGAUGCGGAAUUGAGAAAUGUCAGUGGUUUUGUGGAAGGAUGCCGGGUUAUUCAUAGGAGAGCAGGAUUCGGUGGUUUCUUCAAGGGCGUUAAACCAAGAGUGGUUACCACUAUGCCUAGUACCGCUAUCUGUUGGUCCGCAUAUGAGGCUUGCAAGGCUUAUUUCAUUAGGCAAAACAAUGCCGAACUUUAA